AUGUGCUUUGACAUUUGUAUAUAUAUAACAUAUUUUAUUGAUAAAAAAAGGUUUUUUCCUCCCUUUACGCAAUAUUCAAAUUUUCUUCCCCCUUUUAAACGCGCAGAAAAUUGUUUCAUAAUUUUUAGGUUAUGUUUUCCCACUAGAUUCACUUUUACGACUUUUACACAUUUUUCCCCCCAAUUUUUUGUUCCUCGGUUCUUACAUUUUUCGAUUUUAUAAAAAUAAACUCUCUCUCUCUCUAUUUAUAUAUAAAAUCUAUUUUUGACAUAUAAAACCAUAGAAAACUCGAAAAUUUUCAGUAAUUAAAAAGAAAGUGAAAUUUUAAUUCCAUCAAAUUAAAAAUUUGAAAAAAGUUUAUUAUUUUUAUUGCAACAUAUUUUUGACACUUGUGUUUGCUUGUGUUCCUUGUGUUUAUAUACAUAUAUAUAGGUGGAUAUUUGUAUUAUUAUACAAUUUAUAAAAGCCUCGUGACAGUGAGUGAAAAUAAAUCACCUUGGCUACUUUAUACAUAUUUUUCUCGAUCAGAUUUCCACCUGAUUUUCAAACGAGAGAUAGAAUGGCGGCAUUUUUCGUGAAGAGAACAUUGAAUGCGAAUCAAAUUUUCACGUGUCGCUCUUCAUUGUUGCCAAUAACAGUGCAAUGUUGCGCCUAUGGAGAAAUGGUGAAUGGUCCAAUAAAACAACUCGAGGAUAAAGUUGCGAGAGGCGAAUUAAUGAGCGACGAACAUCAGAGAAAAGUUGUCGAUGAAUUGGAGAGAGUUUUUCAUCAAGUGGAAAAUUAUGAGCCGCCAUUGAGAAAGGGAUUAUUUUCCAAAUGGAUUAUGGGGAAGGGGAAUAAGAAAAAGAAAAAAACACCCAAAGGAUUGUAUAUCUAUGGAGCAGUGGGUGGAGGUAAAACAAUGUUGAUGGACCUUUUCUAUAAUUGCUGUCAGUUGGAGAAUAAGCAAAGAGUUCAUUUUCAUUCGUUUAUGCUCGACGUUCAUAGCAAAAUUCAUGAAAUUAAAAAUACAGUCGUGAGAGACAGAAGCAGCAAUAAACUUCAACCUUACGAUCCAAUUCCUCCGGUUGCCGAGGAAAUUAUUAAAAAAGCCUGGUUGCUCUGCUUCGACGAAUUUCAGGUAACAGACGUGGCGGACGCAAUGAUAUUAAAGAGACUUUUCACUGAAUUAUUCAAUAACGGAGUGAUAAUGAUAGCAACGAGUAAUCGUUCGCCGGACGAUUUAUAUAAAAAUGGCCUUCAAAGAAGUAAUUUUAUUCCAUUUAUUCAAGUGCUUAAGGAUCAUUGUACUAUUCAUUGUCUAGAUUCCGGAAUUGAUUACCGAUCGAAAGCUAGUUCCGGAAAGGAGAAGAAUUAUUUUGUAAAAGGCGAGGAUUCCGAUAAGGAUAUUGACAAAAUUUUCAAAUAUCUCUGCUCAAUGGAGAAUGAUGUGAUUAGACCGAGAAUCCUCUCGAUAAGAGGGCGAAAUGUAACGUUUAAAAAAACUUGCGGACAAGUUAUGGAUUCAACGUUUGAAGAAUUAUGUGACAGGCCACUUGGUGCGAGCGAUUACAUUGAGAUCUGUCAGGCUUUUCACACGGUAAUUAUCAGGGACGUCCCACAAUUGAAUUUAAAGAUAAAAUCACAGGCGAGGAGAUUUAUCACGCUAAUUGAUACGCUCUACGAUAGUCGGAUAAGAAUUGUCAUUUCCGCUGCGGCUCCUCACACGGAACUUUUUGCACCAGAAGCGGAUGCGGAAUAUACGGACGAAAAGCGAGCGCUGAUGGAUGACUUGCAAAUUUCUCACGGCUCGGAAGAUCAUAAAUCUAAUAUUUUCACGGGCGAGGAGGAAUUAUUUGCAUUCGAUCGAACAGUCUCGCGAUUAUCAGAAAUGCAAACCACUGAAUACUGGCAAGAAUGGGAUCGUCACAGAUAACAAAAAUGUGAUUUAGAAAUUUUUAUUUAUAUAUAUUGUAAUAUCUAUUGUAUAUUAUAGUCAUCGACAGUCAUCAUUGAUAAUAGAUAAAAUAAUAGGUUACAAAUAUAAACAGAGAUGAGCCUCACGUAGGUUUUUUUGCUUUCUUUUGUAAGUACAUAUAACAGAGAAAGACAAAUUGUUUCACGAAAUAUUUUUUAUCACGCACCAAUUUUCUUUUAUAUAUAUAUAAAAAAAUCGUGUAUAAGUAGAUAAAGUUC